AUGGUUCUGCUGCGGGCGGCUCGGGGGACACUCCGCUGGUGGUUUCCCGUGGCCGGCACGCUGGGUAGUUUGAGCCCGUUGUACGUGGCGUUGAAGCUGUUUGGGGUAACGUUGAUAACGGUGGGGGAUCAGGAUCGGGUGCGGGUCACGUUGGCCGAUUGGUGCUUGCUGGCGAUCGUCACGGGGGUUAAGGUUUGGGGAGGUUUGGACGGGAUCGUUCGCGGGUAUUGGAAGGGGUUUGUGGACUCGGAGGUGGAAGUUAUAGAGUACUGCUUGGGAUUCUCGCUGAUUGUGAUGAUUUUGGUGGUGUUGGUUGUUCCUUUUUAUGUUAUGUUGCAUUUGAAGAGAGUUGAGGACUUGUUGGGUGAUUUGAAGGCGUUCGAUGAAGAGCUGCAACGGUUGGGAUAUCCACGAAACCACAGAUAUUACCACUUCAUAACUACCACAGUCGUGACGAGCUGUCUUGUGGUGAUUGGUUUGGUAAUGCUAUCGACGCUUAUCCCAAGGGAUACGAAGUGGCUGCUGGAAACAUGGCUCUUUCUGGCGAUCGUCAAUGCCAGCAGUGCCGGGUACACGUUGUACCACACCGCACUGAACAUGGCCAUACUUGUGAUCCACAGCCGACUCCAGCUGAUGAACCGAUGCGUUCAGGAACGUCUGGAACGAGAUACCGGUGGUGACGAAGCUGACGCUAGAACGAACCUGGUUGUGCAGCUGGCAAAGCUGUACGACAAGCUGUGCGAUGCGAGCAGUGCGAUCAGCGUCGUGUUCGGUGUUCCGCAUGCCGUGUUCUUUAUCAAUAUAUUCUUCAUGCACGUGGUCGCCUGCUACGCAAUCCUGCGAGUUCUGCUGGGAAUCGCUUCUGCGCGAGAAGCGGCCAACGCCUGGAUCUACCUGGGGUGGUCCGGUUACUUCAACUCGUUUCUGUUCCAGACGGUGGUCUUCGAUGCAGCGAUGAAGCAGCAAACGGACAAGUUUUGUACCGCCGUACAUCGCUGUCUGAACGCGGUUCAUAAUCUACCCGUGGUGGAACAGCUGCUGCAGCUUGCAGAGCAAGUGGCUUCGGACGCACCCAACAUCACCUACUUUCUGUUUGAACUCCAUCCGUCGGUUUUGGUGCAGGCCUGCGGCGAGCUGGCCACCUACCUGGUGAUCCUGAUUCAGUUUGACAUGCAAUAG